GUGUGAAUAUAAUUUAAGGGGCAGGAGCUGUUCGUUUUAAAAGCCUGGGGAAUAUCCACAGAGGAGCAAUACCAUAACCACACUGUGCCCCCCAGCACUCUGUACAUAUCACACAUCACACUGUAUAUGCUCCAAGGAAUCCAAGUCCAUAUCACACCACAUUAGCUCCUCCUGCAGUUCUGUAUUGGACAUAGUAGCGCUCCCUUAGAAACACAGCAGGGAUCCACAGCAACCCUCAUCUCUUUCAAAACCUUCCUAGUAUAUUGGCGCUAAGCCUUUCUGCCAUUUAUUUGCGCCUUCACAAUUCUACAGUCAGAUCCCUGUCACUUCCGGGUGUCCUUUCCCCCUAGACUAUCAUGUAACGUUAUGACGCCGCAAAGGCCUUUAGCCGGCAUAGGAGUUUGACGCAUUCUUAUGUGACGUCACGCGCGCACAAUCUUCGUCACGUGGAUUUGACGUCUAGACUUACUCUCUGUCCACCUGCCUCACUUACCCAAGCAGUUGCCUUUUGUCAGGGCUCAAACUAGACAUGUCCAGUGUGCGUAACUCCUUAAUUACGUUGACAAGGGCAACACCCGGAAGUGCUCGCGAGAGUGGGGUGCCAGGGGCUGCAGAUUUCAGCAGAAUGGCUGCUUCUUCUUCAUCCUCUUCAGCUGGUGGAGUCAGUGGGAGUUCUGUCACUGGAUCUGGAUUUAGUGUUUCGGAUCUAGCGCCUCCGCGGAAAGCACUGUUCACUUGUCCAAAAGCAGCUGGAGAAAUGUUAGAAGAUGGUUCCGAGAGAUUCCUGUGCGAGUCCGUUUUCAGCUAUCAGGUUGCAUCUACCUUAAAGCAAGUGAAGCAUGAUCAGCAAGUAAGUCGAAUGGAGAAGCUGGCUGGUUUAGUAGAAGAACUUGAAGCAGAUGAAUGGCGGUACACCCCUAUAGAGCAGCUUUUGGGAUUCACCCCAUCUUCUGGUGGAAAGUGACCAGAAUCAAGACUACUGGAAUGUUCACUCCAGCUUGUAAUUAAGUGAGAGAGAGAGAUUCUAGGACUCCAAAACAUCGUUCUUGUCUGCAAAACUGACAACAAAGGGAAAGCUGGAAAAAAAAUAAAGCUCGGUCAUAUACUGUUGCCCUUGUUUUAAUAGACCCUUGUUAUGGAAAAUAAUGUAUUGUAGAAUAGCUGCUCUUGUACCCUGUUGCAUGAUUAGUGAAAUAAUUUUGUAUUCUGUCUCUAGAAUUCCACUUGUGAAUAUAUAGAUCUUCAUUACAAGUAUUUAUUGCCCCUCUAAUGAUCUUUUAGUGGAUUCCGUUAAUACUGCAAGAGCGGCGAGGUCAGAUGGAUCAGGUGUGUAACGGUCAAGUGUUUGGAAAGAAGGAAAUGUUAUGAUGUACUUUUUCCUCUGUAUCCAGUGUGUCACAGGGGUUGGAUUACCACUGGCCUGCUAUGUUGUGAUCUCUCAUUACUUUGUUUUGAAAUUGUUUCUAACCAUCUAGACAUUGCAUUCCAAUACUAACAGCGCUAGAAUUGGCCGCUUGCCUGCCCCUAAAUCCGUAAGUGGUUCUUGUUGAACCUGCAGGAGGACCAGGUGCAGGCACAUGCAGCGGAUUCAAGCACUGAAUACAAACUUUUGGAUUUCAAUACCGAUAUCUGCAGAGUGGGCCUGCACCCAGGCUUACCCAAUGGAUCUGGAGGCAGGAGAAGUAAAGGUGGCCAUAGACACACAGAUCCUAUCGUACGAAUCGAGGAUCGUGUGUGGCGUGUUCCGUCAUCUUUCAUCCGGCAGAUCCCGCUGGAGCCCAUGGCACAUCGUAACCGGAUCGUUCAGGCGUACGGCCGAACAAUCAGAUUACCCCCGAUAUAGCCAUGCUCGUUAAUGGCAUAUCGGGGAAAGAUCCGCUCGUUUGGCGAUGUUGCCAAACGAGCGGAUCUUUGCGUCUAUGGCCACCUUAAGGGGCUGAUUCUUUUUUCACAGAUAGAGAUCCUUUGUUACUAUGAGUUUCUGUAAUCAAUCUGUUUUAUGCUGUUUUGUAUAAAUAAAUAUCUGAAUAGA